GGCUUGUCGGGACAUGUCAGACGGACGGCGGCAAUGCCACUGCAAGAGGCUUCACCCCGGAGGGCUCUCCCGAAACUACAGCAAUGGUUACUCGACUACAGCAGCCGGCACCGUCUGGACUCCAUCAGCCGCAUUUGCCUGGAGGGAAGGGGUAUUCGUAUCCCUGAUUGUGGAGCUCUGCCUCUCCGAGUAGUCUCUGCUGCCUUAUGGGAUAGCGUGAGAAAUGACCGCACUGAGCAUUACGACAGAGUCCUGGAUUUUGUGAACACCAUCUGGGAACAGGCUGCAGGCCUGGUCUCCUUCCGACAUUACCUCAAACUCUGCAUUGCGUUCAAAGCCAAGCUGCUGAUGGAGAUGUUUGUGAAACGACAGAAUUUGUUGGACAUUCUUCAGAGUCUCGAGCGCUAUUUCCCCAAAGUGGUUACAGCGGACCCUCGGGCAACCCGGAGAGACGUUCAGAAGGAGCGACAGUGCCGGCUGCAGUUUCGUAAACUGGUUCUACUUUUGGUCCGGGAUGACGUUUACCGGGAACAGUUCCUGCAGGAUGAACUGGAGGAGGAAUUUGGCAGCUUGUUCAUGGCUUCGACUCGGAAACUGCUGUGGGAGUUCCUGGAGAGGUUGGAGAGCAUCCUGCCUCAGCCAAGGAUUGAUCAGCUGCUGGCUGCUGGUGUCAACGUUGGAAGCCUGUCAUUAACAGAACAGAGCCUCCUGUCUGUCCUGGUCAAUCCCCCCACGUGUGUCUCUGAUGUGCUGCUAACACUGAUGCAACGACUCCAGGAACAGCACAGACAGGAUCUACCCAAUCUCAACUGGAGUAACAGUGAGAUACUGUUUGGAAUUCCGACAACCAGCUCCCCAUUUCAGAGUGUCCGGAGUAGAUGCCACUGCACUGAAGCAGAACAAAAACCUGGGGAAGCUCAGGAGAAUGGAGAAGGAAAUUCUCAACCAUCCUGUGGCCAUAUGAAACAUCAGGAAGAGAAGGUAACAGAGCAGUGGCUGGGAAUUUCACAUCCUGAAAUAGCAAAUGAAGUUGAGGAAACUGUGAACUGGACAGAGAUGAGAGGGAAUCGCACUGAAGUUGGCGUGAGGUUGGACAGCCUGAGAAAUGGACAAGGAGUUGCCACAGAGAGGGAGGACCACAGGAAGUGCCCUUCCCCCUUGGCUCACAGCCAAGGGCUGGUCUUCUCUGCUCUCCAUUUUGACCAGUCAUGUAAUGAACAGUUUGAGGAUUGUAUGAGUAAAUUGUCCCCUCCCAACCCAUUCCAAUCUCAGGUUAUCAGUACCAGCCCAAUCCCAGUGUGCCCCUCAAUCCAGACCCAGGCUAAUAAACCUCUGUCUCAACCAGUUGCCUCCACAGGACUGGGGUUAAAUGCUGACCUUUGUCCUGGUGCAUCCCAUUCCAGCACAUCACCUUUCCAAGUACACAGUGAAUACUCUCCUGAUUCAGGAUCACUGUCACUAAACCAGCCUGGACAAAAUGGCAUUGAUCUGCAGGCCCUGAUAGCAGCCCCAAUCUCACCAGUAGUACAAGCAACACUUUUACAUUCUCCCUUGUUUCAACCCAAGAUAUUCCUGCUCAGACUAACCACUGACCAGAAUGCUCAACCAUCGGUAUCCAACAGACGGAGUUCACAGGGGAACAGUUUGUAUGGAGAUGGGGACCAUUACCAGCUCAGUGAGGCAGAUAAUUGCACAGGACAUAAUGCACGCACCUUACCAUGGUCGCUCCGUAAAAGGCCUCCACAGACUCCUAAUGAUCAGAUGCUGCUGUACAACAGCUUCAACAGAAGCCUACUCUUCUCUAGUGAGGAGUCAUCUCAAUCUGAUAACAGUGACUCUGAAUACCUCCCCUAUGACAGACAGAUAAAACAUCCAGGCAGAUGGAAUAGAUGCCAGAAGAGAAACUCAGUCAGACAAAUAAUUGGGGCCAAAUAAACGGGUCAUUGUUUGUUUUAAAAGGUUUGUUAUAAAGGAGAAGGAGUUGUGUCACAGGUGUACAUAUCUUUUGCCUACUCUGUGCAAGUCUGUGCACCGCACUUUGGUAUGACAGUCUGGCCUUUGAAGGAGUGCAUUCAAGAUUCCAAGCCUCCAAAAACUAAAUUCUGAGGAGGCAUUAUUAAACUAGUCAUUUAUUCCCUAGAAUAGAUAAGGUUAAGAGUGUUUUGACUGGAGUAUUCCAUUAAUAGUGUAGCUAAGUGAACUGAUGGGAGUCUCGGAUUAAGGAAUAUGUCCCUAAAUUCAGCAUUAGCUCAUCAGGAGUGUAGUGAAGGAACAUUCACCCACAGGAUGAGGAAAUGUGAAAGGUGAUGUCUCAAAGCAGUUGAUUCUAUCUCAGCUAAUUUUAAAUCCAUAGUUUUGUUUGUCAAGGACAAUAAGGAAUGUGGAGCUAAUGCAGGAUGAUUGCAGUUAGGACACAGAUCAGCUGUGACCACAAUGGGCUUAGCAGAUUGAAUGGGUUUCUCUUGGUUGUGUCCAACUCCCCUGAAAGGUGAAAAAGCAAUACAUUUGUGCCUCAUUUAUCUGCAGCUGGUUACUGGACCAUGCAGAAAGAAGCUGCACCCCCACUGCAGGUGUCACACUGACUGUAAAACAUGUAUAAAUUACAACUGCAAAUGUCUUGGCAUCUGAUUAAAAUCAGUGAAUCUCUCAGCACGUUGUCUGGGCCAAUCCUGAAAGAACUAUUCGGUUAAUCCUACUCCCCUUGCUCUUUACCAAACAUCUGCAAAAUUUUCUCUUCAAGUAUUUACCUAAUCCCUUCAAUUAGCUAAAAUUUAAUUUCCAUGAUGAUGAUGUCCAUGUCCAUCAUAAUGAUGACAUCAUUUGUAUUUAAACCUGACUUUAUUCAAAGUUCAGAGUCAUGUGAACAGACAAAUGAGGAGGAGUAGGCUGCUGCAUUCAAUAAGGUCAUGGCCAAUCUAAUUACAGUCCUAUCUAUCCCUGAUUAAACUUUCACCCACUUUGCUUAUUGAAAAGCUAUCUCCUGCUAUCCUAAAAAUAUGCAAGGACUCUGCUUCUGCCACAUUUUGGAAUUCACUUCCUCAAAAGACAUUCGACCCUUUGAGAAAGUUUCUGUUAAUUUCUGCCCUAAAUGGGUGACUCCUUAUUUUUAAAGAGUGAUCCCUAUUUCUAGAUUCUCCCAAAAGAGGAAAUCUCCUCCUUUUCACAUGUUGCUGUACAGAUACAUCAAUCUUACUGUUAGCUUUCCAAACUGGGCAGCUCAGUUUAUUCUAAAUGAAGAUGGGGACAGUAUCAAUCAUGACUUAUUUAUUGUGUUCCUGGAGUUUUCACUCCAGGAACCUGUUGCUAUUGUAUUUAUGGGUCUUGCCUUAAGAGACUGUGGACAACUAUUUAUUAAUGGAUCACAAGUUAAAUACUGAAGAAUUUCAUCUUUUUAUUCCAGUGAUUAUGGUCUUGAUGUUUGUUAUAAAACUGAACUACAGUUGAA